GAAGGCUAGAUGAUUCGCAGAAGACGUCCAGAGAACUGUGAAUGAUGAUAUUUGUGACACAUCUAAAUUACCUGUACUCUAGUAUCUUGUUCUAUUUGUUAAGCAAAAUCGUCUGUAGCGUGGCUACUUACCGACGAUCAAUGCAUUACAAACGCAGUGCUGCCCUCUCCAGCAUACCGGAAAAGUACGAGGCUGAUGAAGAGAAAUGGGUUCCGAAGAAGAAACACGAAGUGUUGAAAGCGAAGUAUAAGUGUUUGAAGAAGCUGUUUCAGAUUUAUGAUGCGAGCGUUAUAGGGAUGUUGCCGAUGCAAGAGUAUGCUGCUGGGGAUACGGGUGUGGUCGAAGAUACUGAUGAUAGUAGGAGGAAGUCGAGGAAGAGGAAGAGGUCGCAUCGGGUGAAGUUGGACGCGUGUGCUGGGACGUCGGAUCAUGAGAUACAAACUGCUGUUCAGGUGGACUGUUCGAAAACCAACACAUCUGAAAUUGGAUCGUGCACGAAAGCCCUAUCAACCAAGGUCUACGCGGCCACGCAAGCCUCUCGGGAAUCCUUGCUGGCCAGCGACCAUGAGUGCGGCUGUCCCAAGACCAGCAAUGUGGUGUUCCAGCCUGCCCCGUGCCCCUGUCCCAGGCCAAGAAUGAGUCGCCAACGGAAGCGCACACGGUUCCAAUGCUUUGUGCAGCGCCUGCUCGGGCUCCGGAGCCCCAACCGGCACGGGUGCCUCGACACCGCCGUCAGCGACUGUGACGUGCAUCGUCCGGAGCGGCGGAGGCACCGCAAGAUCAGGUUCCGCCGCGCUCGCCGGCCGACACGCGCGAAGUCUGAGGGCGCGAUGCGGGCGCCCGUGCACGUCUGCGCGCAGACCGUCCAACGCAACUGCCUCCUGGACACCACGCCGCGCCAGUGCCCCACAGUCGGCUGCCGGAUGAUGCUAUACGGCAUCAUCAACUACAACGACCACCUGAACCUGUGCCACUUCCCGGGCCGCCGCUAUAGCUGCCACUUCUGCCACGAGGGCUUCGAACGCGAGGCCGACAAGCUGCAGCACGAGAGUGAACAUAUUGGGCUAAACCUCCACCCCCCACUCCCUCCCUCUUCGCCCCCUGACACCAGCCGCUCCGGGAUCACCAGCGUGACUCAAACGGACCCCGAACCCACGAAAGAGCACGAUGAGAAACUUAAGAAAAUCGUGUCGUUCUUCGACAAGAUCGUCGACUCGACGCAAGUCUUUACAGAUGUUAAGAAAUCUAGGCACUCGGAGAUGCACGUGCCUACAAGUAAGAGUCCGACGGACACUCAGACCGAAGAGUCGGCCAGCGACGGGCACUCCAAGCACGCCUCGAGCUGCAGCGAUGACACAGGGAAGAGGCUGACUUACAGCUGUAACGACUUGAGGCGCAGGAACAAUUACCGCCGCUCGCUAGGGUCCGACGCGAUGUCCCAGUGCUGCUCCGAGAAUUGCAACUUUUGCGGGGAAAAUUUUGAUUACUGUCAAGCCCUGGAGCGAAAGUUCGGCGAGUUCCACUCGUGCGGCGCGCUGCCCGCCCGACGCCGAGCAGGCACACACGCCAUUUCCAGCGCGGCUACCUCCGUCGUGUUGGAUCAAGCGUCCAGCAUCGCGAGCUCCGUCGUCAACUGCAAUGGUGUCCUCUCUCUAACGGAUAACUACGAGGACCCCAGACCAACCCUAAAGCCCUCCACCAGCGUAGUUUUCACUGCGUCCGAGUGCAGUAGAAAAGUCAGCACGCGCUCUCUAGCCGAUCGAUUCAAGAGCUAUAAAUGGGAACCUUGUACUAGGAUCAUACGCGUGUGA